AUGGAAAUGAGCAAUCCCGAGGACACCCCGAAAACACCGGCCGAGAACCUCAAAGGCACUUCAGCGACAGAUGCCACUGAACUGGAAGACCCAUUCGAUGAUCCAGCGCUGGUCACUAACGCCUUCCUCGACAUAAUGUGGCAAGAUGCUGACGGAAAUUCUGCAUUGAUGCUGGCAGCGGCAGAAAAUCGCAUGCUUCAUGUCAAGGGAAUCCUGACAAUGGCAGCUCAGCGUGGAACACUUUGGCAAGUGUUAGACAUGCGUAACGACAAUGGUCUCAGCGCUUUGGAAAUGGCAUUACGAUCCGGUAGCGAUACAUGUGCUAUGCUCAUCACCAGAUUUGCCAAGGAAUAUCAGAAAACGAGACCACGUUUCCGUCGAAUGUCGUUCACCCGACGUGGAAGUAAUGAAGCAAGCGAGACAGACAUAAUGAUCGAAUUCGAUGAUGCUCCGCCGGCUGCUGUACCUUUUCUUGGUCUUCUUCACGGAGGAGGUGGUCUCAAGAAAGACAUCAUAAUUAACUGGUAUCCUGUGAAACCGAGAAUACACAAAGGAAAAGUGUACCAAUCAGUGGCAAGCCGACGCCCGUUUAUACUGAAUCCGCCGCCAAGACGCCUAUCGCGAGACAAAAUCAGCAACCACUUGAAACGAAUCCCUCCGAACGAUUGUACUCGAGAAAUGAAUAGAGCUGGUCGUCCUCCGCCUCCUAAUAAAUGGGUUCAGCGAACAAUAUCGAAUGAUUCGCAAUCAUCGUUACCUUCACCAUCAUCAUCGGCAGCAUCACCUGUGGAGAACAAAUCGAUUUCUGUUGGCGAUAAACUUCGAUCAAUAUUCAGCAGCAGAAGGGUAUUUGGUCUUCAAUUCGAUUGGAUUUAA